AUGUCUAAGUCUGUCGGUAUCGAUUUGGGUACUACUUAUUCCUGUGUUGCACACUUUGCUAAUGACCGUGUUGAAAUCUUGGCCAAUGACCAAGGUAACAGAACCACGCCAUCUUUCGUUGCGUUUACUGAUAGCGAGAGAUUGAUCGGUGACGCAGCCAAGAACCAGGCUGCUAUGAACCCAGCCAACACGGUUUUUGACGCCAAGCGUCUAAUCGGCAGAAACUUUGCUGAUGCUGAGGUUCAAGGUGACAUGAAGCAUUUCCCCUUCAAGGUUGUGGAUGUCAAGGGCAAGCCUCAGAUCCAAGUUGAAUACAAGGGAGAAACCAAGGUUUUUACUCCUGAGGAGGUUUCUUCUAUGGUUUUGACCAAGAUGAAGGAAACCGCGGAGAGCUAUUUGGGCUGCAAGGUUAACGAUGCUGUUGUUACCGUUCCAGCUUAUUUCAACGACUCCCAAAGACAAGCUACCAAGGAUGCUGGUACCAUUGCUGGUUUGAACGUCUUGAGAAUCAUCAACGAGCCAACUGCUGCUGCCAUUGCCUAUGGUUUGGACAAGAAGGAUGAGGGUGAGAAGAAUGUUUUGAUUUUCGACUUGGGUGGUGGUACCUUUGAUGUCUCCUUGUUGUCUAUUGAAGACGGUAUCUUUGAAGUGAAGGCUACUGCUGGUGACACUCAUUUGGGUGGUGAGGAUUUCGACAACAGAUUGGUUAACCACUUUGUGCAAGAAUUCAAGAGAAAGAACAAGAAGGACUUGACCACUAACCAAAGGGCUUUGAGAAGAUUGAGAACUGCAUGUGAAAGAGCCAAGAGAACCUUGUCCUCUUCUGCUCAGACCUCCAUCGAAAUCGACUCUUUGUUUGAAGGUAUUGAUUUGUACACUUCUAUCACCAGAGCCAGAUUCGAGGAGUUGUGUGCCGACUUGUUCAGAUCUACUUUGGACCCAGUUGAGAAAGUUUUGAGAGACUCCAAGUUGGACAAGUCCCAAGUUCACGAGAUUGUCUUGGUCGGUGGUUCCACCAGAAUUCCAAAGGUUCAAAAAUUGGUUUCCGACUACUUCAACGGUAAGGAGCCAAACAGAUCCAUUAACCCAGAUGAAGCCGUUGCCUACGGUGCUGCUGUUCAAGCUGCUAUCUUGACUGGUGACACUUCCUCAAAGACUCAAGACUUAUUGUUGUUGGAUGUUGCACCAUUGUCUCUAGGUAUUGAGACUGCCGGUGGUGUCAUGACCAAGUUGAUUCCAAGAAACUCUACCAUCCCAACCAAGAAGUCUGAAAUCUUUUCCACUUACGCGGACAACCAGCCAGGUGUCUUGAUCCAAGUUUACGAGGGUGAGAGAGCAAAGACGAAGGACAACAACUUGUUGGGCAAGUUCGAUUUGACUGGUAUCCCACCAGCCCCAAGAGGUGUCCCACAGAUUGAGGUCACCUUUGACAUUGACGCCAACGGUAUCUUGAACGUCUCCGCUGUCGAGAAGGGUACUGGUAAGUCUGAAAAGAUCACCAUCACUAACGACAAGGGUAGAUUGUCAAAGGAAGACAUUGAAAGAAUGGUCUCAGAAGCUGAAAGAUUUAAGGAGGAAGAUGAAAAAGAAGCCGCCAGAAUUGCUGCCAGAAAUCAAUUGGAAUCCAUGUCUUACUCCAUCAAGAAUACCUUGUCCGAGUCCGGUGACAAGCUAGAAUCUGGUGACAAGGAGACCUUGACCAAGAAAUGCGAGGAAGUUGUUGAAUGGUUGGACCACAACACCACUGCUACCACCGAGGAGUACAACGACAAGUUGAAGGAGUUGCAAGACGUUGCGAACCCAAUCAUGACUAAGUUGUACCAACAAGGCGGUGCUCCAGGUGCUGGUGUCCCAGGUGCCGGUGCUGCCCCAGGCGGUUUCCCAGGCGCCGGUGCUCCUUCCCCAGACGCUGAUGGCCCAACCGUUGAAGAAGUUGAUUAA